AUGCCGCCCAUAGCGACCGAACCGCCUCUCUCCCUCGUUUCGAACAGCACAAAUUCCUCUUUCGAUGGCCCGCCCCGAAAAUCCCAUGACAAGACCAUAAGCGGUGUUUUCACCUAUACCAAUGGCACUGACGUCGACACCGGACGCCCUGACCACAGGCUGGACACAUUCAAGAAUUUGAGGAACAACAGCCAUGGUUCCUUGACGAAUGGCAUGCCAAAUGGCACUACUGGGAAGUCCUCGCGGGACCGAGCACAUUCGAAAGCAGGCAGUACUCAUUCGGCCUCGAGCGGGCCGGCCAAAUAUGUUGAGAACCUGUCUAGGAGCCCCAACUCGUUCGACGGCUUGAGCAAACUCUCAAGUGUGGAAAGCGCCUCACCCGAACACACCCAUACCAUCCCUGGAGGACAACCUCAGGGUGGACAGACUCCCGAGCUCGGAAAGUUGAAGACAAACAUCUCACCCAUCAGACAGGAACUUGACACAGCCCAUGCCUACACCGCAUCAACCCUCCCAGAUACGGCACAAACGGAUCCCAACUCAUUAACGCCUUGCCACGGUCGUGCCUCGCUACAGUCACCUUCUCGCUUUUCUGCUUCGCCCUCCCAAAUGGCACCUAGCGCAUCGAUACAGGAUAAGUACCCCGAGUUGGCGCCACCUACAGAUCCCCCCAAACUCACUCACCGUCACACCCUGCAAGUCCCAAAAUCGAACCUUUCUGUGACCCGCAACUCGCGCGACUUCUCAUUCUCAGGUGGCCCAUCGGAAGAAGCCUUGUCAGCGACUGGGCGCUUUUCACCUACUCGAGAUCAGUUCGAUAGCACGGGUACAAGGCACCGGAGAGCAUCACUCGGACUUGUCCGGAGAACGACCCGAUCAAUGCAAUCUGAUGCUCACUUGGAUGAGGUCCCUCCUGACGAGGAUGCUGCAAGAUGGACGGAACUCAUAAAGCAGAAGCGAGCAAGCCGAAGAAAGAGGAGGGAGGAAGAGGAUGAGGAUCGCGUUAUCGUUGGCAAGAAGGUCGAAGAAGGUCAUGUCAAUUGGGUGACUGCCUACAAUAUGCUGACGGGAAUUCGGUUCACUGUCUCGAGGACGAAUGCGAAGAUGAUGAGGGAUUUGACUGAUGCUGACUUCGACGCCAAACACAAAUUCAGUUUCGAUAUCACCGGUAAUGAAUUAACCCCGAGCGCGAAGUACGACUUCAAAUUCAAGGACUACAGCCCCUGGGUCUUCCGACAGCUACGAGCAACCUUUGGCUUGGACCCCGCAGACUACUUGAUGAGCUUGACCAGCAAGUACAUAUUAUCAGAGUUGGGCAGCCCCGGCAAAUCAGGAUCAUUCUUUUACUUUUCGCGCGACUACAAAUAUAUUAUCAAGACGAUCCACCAUGCUGAGCACAAGCUGCUGAGGAAAAUACUCAGGGACUACCACCAGCAUGUCACGGAGAAUCCGAACACACUCAUAUCACAGUUCUAUGGCCUGCACCGGGUGAAGAUACCAUAUGGGAGGAAAAUUCAUUUCGUGGUCAUGAACAAUCUCUUCCCUCCUCACCGAGACAUCCACCAGACUUUUGAUCUUAAAGGCUCGACCAUUGGCCGGGAUUUCAAGGAAGAUGACUUGGCCACCAAUCCUAGGGCCACAUUGAAGGACCUGAACUGGUUGCGACGAGAUCUUCACCUUGAAUUCGAGGCACACAUUCGACAAAUUUUUCUUGAUCAAUUGAAACGUGACGUUGCGUUGCUACAACGUUUACAUAUCAUGGAUUAUUCGCUUCUUGUGGGCAUGCAUGAUCUGGAGAAAGGCAACGAAGAGAAUCUCCGAGAGACCACACUAAAGAUCUUUCAGCCUGGUGGAGAACGAGACGAAGACGACUAUGGCCCGUCGAUGUUGACUAGGACUCCGUCAAGGCUUGAGACGGCAAAGAAAGCCCGAGAAUUGCGGCUGACCCUCAAAAAGGAAAAGCCGAUGCCGAUGGGGAUGGGGGGUGCUAAAAUGCCCUCGGAGCUGUCAUCGGCAGAUGAAAGACGAGAUCGAGUGUUUUACAGCUUUGACGGCGGUAUUAGAGCUACCCACGAAGAUGGCCGAGGUGGUGAAACAGUAUACUAUCUCGGCCUGAUUGACUGUCUUACUCAUUACGGUCUGAUUAAACGUAUCGAGCAUUUCUGGAAAGGACUUUCAGCGCCACGAACGCAGAUAUCACCGAUUCCGCCUGUGGCAUAUGGAGAUCGGUUCCUCAAUUUCAUCACAGGAGUGACCAUGACGCAGGAAGAGGCCGGCCGACGGAGGACUGGGGAAAGUCAACGUACUGGUGGACAAACAGCGUCAAUGUCCUUGGACAAUACAGGUCGCACUUCAACUGGUGGCAUCGGAACUGCACACGAUGGUCAAGACGAAUCAGCACUCUCGCCCACCCUGAGCCCGGAGGUGGAGAAGACGAUGAGAAAGGCACAAAAACAGACGGACAAAGCCACGCCGUCCGACAAGGGUCGGAGUGGAAGCGAAGAAGAAAAGCCUGAUAGAACGUUGAGAACGACGGAAGAAGUGAGGAGUAGUACACUCCUCCCCGUGGUUCAAGAAGCAGGAGAGGGAGGGGAGCCAAGUGAUAGGCAAUUGUCGACCGAGGGAGAAAAGCAUGAAGGGAGCAACGAUCAUACUGCUCCGGCUUCGGUGACGCGCAUGUCUUCUAUACCUGGCUUACGAAAAGUCUCACCAUCCACAGUGGGUACGGCCACCGAUUUUGGAGACGAUACGAGCGUUUCGAGUCCUCAGGAGAUCGAUUUCGAGCCGUAUUUGCAUGGAUAUCACGAUCAUGAAACGAGACCCGACCAUGUGUUGGACCGAGAAUACGAAAAACCACCUCGGAUUGGCAGCGAUCUCCUCCAACCGCAAUCACCUCUCGGUGAUACGGUGUUUAAAUCGGUAGACGAGUAUAUCCAGACAGGCAGGUGA